CCUCAUCUACUCGCCCCGCUCAGCGCGCUCGUAACACCUCGAGGUACUACUCCGCAAGCUCGUGCCCCUCAGCUCGCACACCACUAGCUCGCACACCACAAGCUCGCACAUCUCAAGCGCGCACUCCCCAUGCGCGCACUCCUCAAGCUCGUACUCAUGCCACUGGCACCCUUGUGCAAACUUGGCCGUCUAGAGAUCGGCUCGUCACAGCCGCUCCCCCCUCUCCGCCUUGCGUUCAACGCAGACUACUUCGCUUCGGUGUCACAUCCCCAGAGACAGGAAGCUGAAGGCGACACACACUCAAAAUUGCAGAGACCGGGCAGGAGCCUAAGCGCAAGCUCGCCCCAACAUCCUCGCUCCGUCUCUCAGCUCUCGAUAGCAGCGAGCUCCCUCAACAAUGCAGGACACCUCAGCAGCCACUACUUUGUGACGCGCGUCGGCAACCGCUCAGCAGCUUGCUGUAGCGUCGAAGUCGGAGGAGCCUCUUCGCUCAACCUCGCGCAGGCCCCUCUGCCCUCGUCAAUGAUCACCUCGCUACCUUCGCAAGGUCACUACGCGACUCGUCAACACCUGGCGGGCAUGUCUGGCAGCGUCAAAGCAGCAGCGAUGUCUCGACACUCUCAGCUCAAGCUGAAACAGAGCCUUCGACUUGGAGCCUAUCCCGCUCACCGCCGGCAAGCUCCGACUCCUCCUCUGCCCAUCGAUACCAACGCUCAGCUCGUCGUCCUCUUGUGUGCACAUCACGGGCGAGAACAUUCGCGACCCUGCGCUUCGCGCCGGUCCUCACUCCCACGCCGCCGAGUCUCGCUACAAGACUCCCUCCUCCUCCGCACCCCCUUCUUCCCCUCUUCCCCUGCGUCUGCACGCGGGGAAUGCUCAUGCUACCCUCAAUUCCCCUCAAACCAACGCUCAUGCCGGUGCUUCUGGGCCACUAAGCCAAAAGCAUCUCGACGAGCCCACUCGCGAUUCUCGAUACGAUCCCCCGUCUCCAUCCGACGGACCCUCAGCUCCCCUCCCACUGCAUCUCCACGAAGGAGGCGCCUCUGGUAGCCCUGCUUCAACUCAUCCAGCUGUAAAACCCACUUCAUCUCAUGCAGCUGCUGCAUUGCCUGCCAACGCCUCCAGCGCAGGUACUUCGUCCUCCAUGGCUGGCCGUCCCACGGUCAGCUAUGCCAGGCCAUUUGUAGCAGCAUCGGGCGCGGCAGCGCCAACCCACCCAUUGAUCCCGGACUUCUCGCAGCUGAAGG